ACCUGCAGGUGGCCGUCGGGCCCGCGCUGAGAAACACGCAUGCGCAUGGGGACGGAGACGCACUGGCCGCCUGCUAACAUGGAGGACGAAGAGGAGGAAGAGGAGGGGCCUCUUGUGCCGUCGCCACGCGCCUCCGCGACUCACUCGUGCUCCUCCCUCAUCCGCCUGAAGCAGGAGGCCAAGCGCAAGCGGCAGGGGAAGCAGCGCAAGGCCGUAGCUAUGCCAGUGACCUCAGACAGCGAUGACAUCCUGGACCUGGCCAAGUUCACUAAGAAGCAGCCCUGGUGGCGCAAGCUGUUCGGGUCCACCUCUGGAUCCAACGAGGAAAAGUACAACGUAGCAACCCAGCUGGCCAUUGGAGGCGCCAUCGGAUGGUGCACCGGCUUCAUCUUCCAGAAGGUUGGAAAACUGGCAGCAACUGCAGUGGGAGGAGGCUUCUUCCUCCUUCAGAUGGCGAACCACACGGGAUACAUCAAAAUUGACUGGAAGAUGGUUGAGCGGGACGUGAGCAAGGCCAAGGAGCAGCUGACACUCCAAGGGGGCUCCUCCAAGCAGCUGGCACCAGAGGUGAAGAACCGAGUGAAUGAGGUGGUUGCCUUUCUGAAGACGAACGUCGUCCUGGCUGGAGGAUUUGCAGGUGGUUUCCUGCUUGGCAUGGCCUCUUAAGAUCCCCCACGUCUGACUGCUCUGCCUUUCCCUGUGCUGCCAUCACCUCUUCUUCACUAACUGUUGGCCUCCUCGUUUGGCUGACUUGGCUGCUGGAACAUUCCCCUUUCCAGCUUGCCCUCCUCCUUGUACGUACAUCAAGGCCUCCAGAAACACUGCUGCUGGCUCCUUUUCUCCCUUCUUAAUUCACUUAGCUGAUGGGAAGCAGGAUUGGUGCAAGAGAGCCAGCUUCCAUCAGAUUAUGUUUUGUCCUUCUCCUGACAUGUCUGGCUCUGUAGAAUUCCACCGUCCCACCCCUUAUGGCCUACACCAAUGACCUAUACCACUGUAGUCCCCAGGGUAGGAAAUCGCCUUUCCUUGCAUGCACCAUUUGCAUUGUGGUGGUUUCCCUCUUGGAUGCCAGGCAGCAAGCCUGCACUUCCAACGGAAAAGAGCACAGAAACUCAAAAGGAGAGCUCAGCUGGGCAGGGAAUAGCGAUGGCAGAGCACAUCCCAAAAUAACUGGGGCCUAGAAUUGGCUCCUUCUGGCUUAUACAAACAGAUCCUCCUGGCAUUUCCUGCCUGGUUUAUUUAUAUUUCUUGCUGGAACCACUGAGCUGGGACAGCCUGUGGAAAAUCUGACUGCCGUGUGGGAUGCUCUGCCACUCUUCUCCGACUGAAGGUGAUAGAAAGGCAUCAGAAUCCCACUACUCUAUAGCUACGUCUCUCGAAUACUCUCUGUACUAGUGACAGUUAAAGCUACACGUUGCUUUGCAGGGCGGGCAUAGUUCUGAAGCUGGAAUUGGCAACGCUGUGUAGGUGAAUCUGGUGCCUGGCUUCUGGCAGCAAAGAGUGAAUGCUGGGAAUGGAACAGUGUGUUCCUUCUCCUCCUCUGUCUUGUGUAGGAUUCCAGCCCUAGAUGGAAGGCAGAAAGCUAUUUCAGGGCUACGUGGUUGGAGAUUGGCCUGCUUCUGCAGAAGCUGCCCACUGGACACUGCCCUGUCUCCAGCACCUUUUCCCUCCUGAGCAAGAUUCCUCCCCUUGCAAAUUCUGGAAGGAUAAACGUGAUGGUCUUUUCCCGCAAACAUGAACUUUCUGCUUUAAAGACUAGCAGGUUUAUUGUGGUAUACACUUGUAUUUGUUUGGUUUGUUAAAAGUUUAUGAACUGCCUGUCUGUGUUUGCAGGCAUUCAAGAUGGUGCACAAGUAGAGGAAAAAUAGGGAAAAAAACCAGCCACUCUUGUGGUUGCAUUCAGUGCAAGCGGCUUAUGCCAUUAUAAACCUGUUUCUUCAAGGUGUCACAGGACCCUCUCCUGUCUAGUCUUAAAUAAGCAGUUGGUAAAGUGGCCUUGGAGCUCCAAAGGGAGCCUGAGCAAGUUGGGUAUCCCAAAGAAUGGUCCUCCAGCUUUCCUCUUGCCCCUUCCCCCACACACCUGCAGGAAGAGGCCAUGGAGGCAAGAACAGCACAGGGGUGCACAACUUUGGCCCUCCUGCAGAUGUUGGACUACAGCUCCCAUCAUUCUUUACUAUUGGCUUCUGUAGCUGGGGAUCAUGGGAGUGGUAGUCCAAAAGCAGCUGGAGGACCAAAGUCGUGCAGGCCUGUUCUAGUAGUGUGGCAGGAACGGUCCUCCCUUUGCUGCCAGGUCAUACCCUCUUCCUUUCCCCCCACUGUCUUCUGCAGGCCUUGCUCAUGAAGUGGUGGCCGGAUACCUUUUAGUGGUUCCUUGGUGGCAGUGUUGGGCUAGAAAAGUGGGCAGGCAGCCAAGCAAGGUCUCAGUCCAGGCAGAUGUGACACAGUAGCCUUGCUGAAGCUAGCAGGUCUGGCCAGCCCCUGGAUGGGAGACUGCUUGAGGCCCCUGUGUAUAUUUCCUUAAACUCCAUGGUGGAAGAAAGGCAGGAUAGAAACUGCUACUUAUUCAUUCACCUAAUCCUGAAGCAAAGGGGGCCUCUUUAUUUAUUAUGUGGGAUAGCUAAAAAUCACCCUAACCAGGCCGUUCAAUAUUGGCUAUGGGCUAGUCAGUAUUCAGCAGUAUGGAUAUUUGGAUAUUUGGCUAGCCGCCUUUCAACUUUCUGUGUGGCUGAGUAGUUGGAGAACAAGGAUCAAGAAUUCUGGCCAGCCUUGUUGGUUGCCUUUUAUGAGGCAAAGGGCUUACCUAGGUCAAUGGCGCUUCACUUAGGCAGCAUCUCUUGCACGAGAGUGCAUUUUAUUUACAUAUUUAGACCCUGACCAAUCCAGUCAACAUAUCUGAAAGAAGAAAGCUAAGUGGCAAGUCUGUUGUGCUACUGAAGCUUGUACCCGCAAAGGUCCUCAAACUUGUAGUCCAACCACAUCUGAUCCAGUAUACCCACCCACAAUGGGAACCUAAGUUUGAGCUCAGCACUCCUCACAUAAAAUCAGUUAUCACCUUCAUCUUUAGGGAAGUUGGAUUCUUGGCCCUGUGGAGCUAUUUCUGUCGGAAAUAAGAAAGGUUUCUUGCCGUGUAGACACGGAUGUAGUAGAAACAGCAUUGUAGAGUUUGUUAAUCAGACUGCGCUCAGGCACUGAAACACAGAAAGCUGCCUCUUACUGUGUCAGACCAUUAGUCCAUCCAGCUCUGUGCUGUCUGCAUGGACUAGGAGCAGCUCCCCAACCUUUCAGGCAGGGGUCUUUUCCAGCCCUCCUUGGAGAUGCUGCCAGGAAUUGAACCUGGAGAUUUCUGCAUGCAAGCAGAUGCUUGACCACUGAGCUAUGGCCCCUUAGAUGAAUAUAGCACAGCAGAUAGUGUACACAUGUCACCCAUCCCAGUGCCAAGUAGAGCAGACCCCACUUAGCAAAGGGAACCAUUUAAGCUUGCUACUGCAAGACCAGCUCUCCCUGAGGAAAGACAUUUGGAGUAGGGAAAGCUUUCUCUAGCAUAUUGAAAUGGCUCCUUUUGCAGGCAUUUCCUGCUCCCCAGAAAAAUGUCUCCUUUGAUAACAGGCGCUUGCUGCUGAAGGUCUCUCUCCUGCCCUUCCAGAAAAUGCCCUUUUCUUACAGCAUUAAAAACUGGCAACAUGUGUGAGCAAAAGCUUACACAAGUGGAUAAGAAGAGAUGUUUCAUGCUUUCUCUUCCCCAGUACCCUGUGGAAAUGCUUUUCAGUUUGCAGAAAAAGCUGCUACCAGGCCUUGACACUUGCCCACCAGGUUGAUCUCACUUAUCCAAAGGAUUUGAUUACAUAUAGGAGAUGCUUAAAAUAGCCACUCUGUGAAGUCAGUCACCACCAGAGGGAGCUGACCCUAGCAAACGCCUCUGGGUUGGAAACAAAAGGUGUGCAUUCCCCCCCCCUUUCUUUUUGGCAAAAGGUAGAAAAUGCUGCAAUAAGAACUAUGAACUUUAGAGAAGUACUUUCUUAGAAGAGACUUGGAACAUGAACCAAAGUACAGUGCUAAUCAUGAGUGAGGGUGGGGUUGCAGGAAAACCCUGGCUGCCACCUACACCUGGGCUUGGAAAAGUGCUAAGGAUUUUAAAUGUUUUUAUAUGGUAUUUAAAUGUGUGUUUGAGGUGAGAGUUUAAAAUAAACAAUUUUUGCUGUA